AUGCAUGCAUCGACCUGGAUGAUCGGCAGCUGGCGACGGUUCUCGGGGAUUCCUGGGGACUGCUGGAGCCGCAGACUUGCUCUCACCAUCACGCGAAAGCCAGAAGACAUUCGGGUCUUCUCCAGGCAACGACUUUUCACUUGGCCGCCUGGGCAUGCGCUGGUCCAAAGAUGCGAUGCCGCUGGGGGUGGUUGUGCUCAACCUGGCAGUACUUUCGUUGCAUCUCCCCUGAACAUUUUCUCAGGUCUCGCAGCUUCAGGCGCGCAAGAGGUCGCUAACGGCAGGGUGAAAAAGAGGGCAGGGACAUCCUGCUUCUUCUGCCGGGAGGUCUGGGAGCUCUCCCAGGGCCUGGCCGGGAUCUGUCAGAGCGACACGCCGCAGGCAACGGGAGCCGGGAGAUUCGCGGCAGCGCUCGGUGAAAGGUUCAGAGGUUUAGGUCUGGUCCAGGAUCAAAAUUCAGGGCGGCAGGUCCUUCUGGUGUUUUACUAUGCCCGUGGCCCAACCUUCUAG